UUUGAAGUCCUCUGAAGUUAGCUUACGUAAAGUGCCAUUACAGAGCAACAACAUGUUGCUUAAAUAUUUGGGCAAUGUCAUGUCCCCGCAGGAUUAUGAGAAUAGAGUAGUGGGUAUAGUUUGGUCUCCAAAUAGCUUGAAGCUAGCUGUAGCUUUAUCCGAUCGUUUCAUUUACCUCUUUGAUGACAAUUGCGUGAAGCGAGACAGGUUUUCCACAAAACCUGUUGAUUCUAAGUUUGGAAAGAAGAGUUACUUAAUCAAGGGCAUAGCCUUUUCCCCUGACUCGACUAAAAUAGCAGUGGGUCAAACUGAUUGUAUCAUCUAUGUCUACAAAAUUGGAGAACAAUGGGGAGAUAAGAAAGUAAUCUGCAACAAGUUUCGCCAGAGUUCAUCAGUGACUUGCCUAAUAUGGCUCAGUGAGGGACCCAUUAUUGUUGGUUUGGUGGAUGGGAAGGUUCGUGCAGCAUUGCCAAAGUCUCAGAAAGCUCAGACUCUCUACACAGCUGACUCAAUAACUAUUGCAUUGGCUUCAAAUGUACGCGGCACUGGGUUUCUAUCAAGUCAUGCCGAUGGCAGUAUCAUAAAGUAUCAUUUAACAGAUGAUGGGACUCAUGAACCAUCAGGACGUAUUUGCACUCAUAGUGUACCUGCAUAUGCAUUAGCCUGGCCUCAGUCGCAUAUCAUGGCAGCAGGAUGUGACAGACGAGUGUCUUUUUACGAUUCCCAUGGAAAGCUUGUGAAGACUUUCGAUUAUAGCCGCGAGGAUGAAAAGGAGUUCGGGGUUGCCUGCUGCAGUCCUAGUGGACAAAGCGUUGCCGUCGGAUCCUGGAAUAAAAUAAGAAUACUGGAUUGGAGUCCUCGACGAUCCAUCUGGGAAGAAGCGAACACUAAGUCUUUACCAAACUUUUACACUGUCACUGCAAUAUCUUGGCGUCGUGACGGCUCCAGACUCCUUAUGGGUAGUCUCUGUGGCGCAGUGGAACAAUUCGAAACCGUGUUAAAGAGAACAGUGAUUCGAAGCAGUCACGAAGUGGCAUACGUGGGUCCUAGUCAGGUGGUUAUUCGACCACUGCAAGAAGGCAACAGGCCAGUAAUCAUCAGAUCCCAGGCAGGAUACGAGAUAGAGGAUGUGAAGGUCCUUGGACGCACUGACAACAAUGUAGUAGCUCGCACAGCCAACACGCUGUUACUCGCGGAUAUAGAGUUGAACUUGAUCAGUGAAAUUCUCUGGGAUGACAAGAGUAACAGCGAGAAAUUCUUUUUCGAGUACCCAAGGGUGUGCCUCAUCUUUUGCGCCGGUGAGUUGACUAUUGUCGAGUAUGGGAACAAUGAACCACUGGGCUCCGUGAGGACAGAAGCGGUGAAUCCUCAUGUGGUCAGUGUAAGGAUCAACGAGAGGCAGGUAUCGGGCAGUUUGGACAAUAAAAGGCUAGCUUAUUUAUUGGAUCCUCGAACAGUCCGUCUUGUGGAUCUUGUGACGGGUACCACUGUAGCAAUGAUUUCUCAUGAUGUGCGCGUAGAUUGGCUAGAGUUAAGCGAAACAGGUCACAGAUUGCUAUCAAGAGACAAGAGAGCCAGGUUGUGGUUGAGCGACGACUUGGGUGGACGAAAUUUACUCUUAACCGGAGUCAGCUUCGCCUCCUGGGUGUUGGGCAGCGAUGUGGUCGUGGCUCAGAGUAACCAAACAUUGGCAGUUUGGUACAACGUGGAUGCUCCAGAAGUAGCCACGCUGAUCCCAGUUCGUGGGGACGCCAUAGAUAUCGUCAGAGAAGAUGGCCGAACCUCUGUCACAGUGGAUGAGUUAGGUGGAAAAGUAGCCUACUUGCUGGACGAACCUCUGAUUGAAUUUGGUACUGCGUUGCACGACAACGACUUCGGUAGAGCUUUACUGUUCCUGGAGGAGCUGGCAGAUAGACCUCAAGCAGAGGCCAUGUGGGAGAAUGUAGCUAGAAAUGCGAUGGCUACUAGACAAUUGCUGGUCGCUGCUAGGUGCUAUGCAGCUCUGGGGGAUGUGGCUUGUUCCAGAUUUCUGAAGAAUAUCAUAGCUGUUGGAGAAAAGUACAGCCUUGAGACUGGAAACGACCCCCUCUCAAGCCCAGAUUGUUGGGCCAAGCUCGCAAUUCUCAAUGGCGAGCUGAAGACAGCGGAGGCUAUCUACUUGGAGCAGAACGAAUUAAACCAGGCUCUUAACAUGUAUCAGAAGUAUUGGCGAUGGGAAGAUGCGCUGUUCCUGGCACAGAAUCGUGGCUGGCCUGGUUUACUAGAACUCAGAGACAGGUAUUUAACGUGGCUGCUGGAAAGCGAACAAGCAGCUAGGGCUGCUGCUAUCCUGGAAGUCUCCAACCCACGACGAGCAGUCAAACUAUACCUGGAGGCUCGUCGAGCCGGGCGGGCAGCCCGGCUAGUUCUGGCGAACGAUGAACUAUUAGAAGACAAAUCUAUCGUUAAGGAAAUUGUCAGGGUACUAAAAGCAACAGAUCUGAUGGAGCUUGCGGGGGAACUAUUGGAAAAGACUUCGGAACCUUUGGAAGCUAUCGCAUGCUAUUCCCAAGCUGGAGUAUUCGCGAGGGCUCUGGAAUUGGCUAGAAAAGUAGAUCCCACCUCAGUGGUGGACUUGGAGCGUGAUUGGGGCAAGCACUUGUCCUCUGUUGGUCAUUAUGAUGCAGCUAUCAAUCACUUCAUCGAAGCUGGGGAAACUGCGCUAGCUCUGGAUGCCGCUAUUAACGCACGCCAGUGGAGAAAGGGUUUGCAGAUUUUGCAAGUGAUCGAGGAUGACAACGUAGCGAUACGAAAGAAGUGCGAGAAAUUAGCAGAGUAUUUCGCUUCUAUAGGCGAGAAGAACGUAGCAGAGAGACUCCUCCUUAGGGCUGGGGAUGCUCGACGUGCGGUGGAUGUCCAUGUGCAGAACGGCAAUUGGAUUCGUGCAUACGAAGUGGCUAAAGAGCACAUGACUCCAGAGGAAGCGAACGAGGUGCUGGCCAAGCACGCGGCCAUUCUGUGCGACGCAGGUGACUUGAAGCACGCCGAAGAACUGUACCUUGCCAUAGGUGAACAUGAUAAGGCCAUAGCCAUGCACAAGAAGGCAGGCCGUCGCUCAGACAUGGUGAGAUUGGUAGGAAAGUACAGGCCAGAUCUGCUGGAGACAACUCACGCGCAUUUGGCGAAGGAGUUGAGUGCUUCUGGAAAGCCUCGAGAAGCUGAAGAGCAUUAUCUUGCUGCUGGAGAUUGGAGAGGUGCUGUUACCACUUACAGAUCAGCCAACUUGUGGGAGGACGCUCUUCGAGUCGCCAAACAGGGUGCUGGAGACGCUGCUGCACAGCAAGUCGCCUUAAUGUGGGCACGUUCACUAGCCCCAGAACUGGGAACAAAAUUACUGAUACGCGUAGGCUACUUGAACAGUUGUCUUCAACUAGCAUGCGAAGCUGGACUGUUCGACUGGGCGUUGGAAAUUGCCAAAUAUGCCGAUGAUGAUCAGAAGAAAGAGGUCCACUAUAGAUACGCUAUGGCGCUGGAGGACGCUGGUCGUUUCUCCGACGCUGAGAAGGAAUUCAUCAAAGCAGGAAGGACUAUGGAGGCUGUCCAAAUGUACAUACACACUCGUGACUGGGAAGCUGCUGAAGAUGUGGCACAAACAAUCAACCAGGAUGCUGUUUCACAAGUUCUUAUCGCCAGGGCUGCCGAUGCAACGGAAUCUCAGAAUUAUUCUCUUGCGGAAACUUUAUUGUUGAGGGCCCACAAACCUGAGAUUAUCAUCGAUCAUUAUAAGGCUGCAGGAAUGUGGUCCGAUGCAUUACGUGUUUGUAGAGAGUACUUGCCAAGUCAAGAGACGAAUCUUCGACGCGAAUUGGGUCAGAAAAGUGCUUCUCUGACUGGGGUGGAUGCUUUUGAGGAAGCUAAGAAAUGGUUGGAGGUCGGAGAAGUGCGAACAGCUUUGGAUAUCUUGAUUCUUGAUCCCCAGGCACCCAGGUCGUCCCUUAUUCGAGCAGCUGAGAUUGUGCUUCAUCAGGCUGACCCAGAAACAACAACACAAGUUGGGGCUGACCUUGGCUCAAGAUUGUUUGCCAUUGGCGAACAUGUUCUGGCUGCACAGGUAUUCUUGCAAGCAGAUAGAUUGAAGGACGCCAUAGAAGCGUUGGCGUCAGUAGGGGAGUGGGAAAGAGCUAGACGCAUAGUAAGAGAACUCGCACCAGAUAUCGAGCCCUACUUGGAAGAUAAGUACAAGGAAGCUAUGUUGAGAGACGGACAGAUAGAUAGACUGGUGGAAAUAGAUAUGGAUGCUGGCUUGGAAAUGCUAGCAAGCAAGGGACAAUGGAAUCAACUAUUCGAAACAGCAAGUAGCUCCCAAAACUCUCAAACUCUGCACAGAUAUUUGGCGCAGCGAGCGGUACAACUUCUGAAAGGGCACUCGCCACUUGAAGCUCUGCAAUUGUAUGCUAAAUACGGAGCACCUCCUAUUCCACAAAAUUUUAACCUCUAUCUACAGUUGGCGGAGAGUGUUCUUAACUCAGAGGCAUAUUACCAGUACAAGCAUUUAGCCCUUCUGCGCACCGUUCUCUUGGACAUCUGGAAAAAUUUAAAGUCUACUACUGCGCCUAGAUCCAAAUUUGAGAGACUACUUCAGUCGUCUCACUACGCAGCUGUAAAACGUGCGUGUAGCGAUUAUCCUGUGCUCUCUGGACUGGUUUUAAAGUGCUCUAUCACUCUGCUGAGGUACACCGACUUCCUUCUGGCUGACCGAGCCUACUAUGAAGCUGGCGUCGAAACACGAACAGCUGGAUUAAGCAGUGAAGCCUUUGUUUUCUUAAACCAUUUCCUUGACUUGGAAGAAUGUAUCGAGGAAGGUGACAGCACAGUGUUGGAUGUGGAUGACCUGGCUGUAACGGAUUUCCCAACAGAGGUUCCGCUGCCAGAAUCCCUGAGCAUGUCAGUGGAACAACGAGAAGAAGCUCGCGAAUGGGUGCUUACGGUGUCUAUGGAUCAAAAGGUGGAGCAAGUCUUACCUGUUGAUCAUAGAGGUGUUUAUGUGGGUUCGUUGAGUUCCCCGGAAGGAGCAGGAGCUCUUCAAGGCUGUAUUUUGACAGGUUUUCCUGUGCGGGGCCCGACAAUUCGGUUUGCAGAGGGUGAGGCUGUGGCAGAUCGUGACGAUUGGACAAAAUUAAUCAACACAGCACGACAAACUUCCCAGGAGUCUAUGCUCAACGAUGUCCUCGCUUUUGUUCAAGAGUGGUGCGGAGCAGUUCCCAGUUAUUCUUUUUGAAGACAUUCUACACUCUACUUUUUCAUUAAACUGCUUAUGCUUGAUAGAAUAUACUUAAGGUAUAGUGGAAAUACAGAAACAACGGAGAUCUUUCAUUUCUCUAGAAUUUAUUUAAAUAAGGCUGCAUUAUGUAAAUAAUUAGUCUAACUUAAGCAUAAAUAAUUCUAUAUUGUGUGAAUAUACAUGCGUACAUAAUGUGUGUCCAUGGGAUUCUCACAUCUUACUUUAAACUGACUCUAUAUAUAACUAAAACCUUGACAAGUUGUUGAGAUAGCUAUCACUCGUUGUCCAAAUACCUAUCCGCAAUGAGCACUUAGAUGACUACUUGGUGAAGACUAUGCACGCGUUGCAUUUGUACACAGGCUGUAUCUUAAUAACAAUAGUACAAGUUUAGCAGGAUGAAACAUAAUAAUUUCUAAAACUCUCGAAUUUCUUCUUUUAUAUAUCUAUAGAUCCUUAAUGCGUCUUAGGCUUAUACUUGGUCGCCUAAAUUAAGACAAAAUGAAGAAAAAAUAACGAAGAAG